GUUAUCAAACCCCUGCUCACUUCCUGAAUCAGGGCUAGCUUUCUGCUGCUCUGCUGCUGCUGUGUUCUGGUAGUAGCAUGUAGAUGAGAGCAGAAGACUCGAAGCAGAGCUGCUGGAGGUGACUUUACCGAGCAGCAGACACAUAAAGAGGACUUUGGGCGAGAGUUAACAUGGAUUACUGGAGUGCCUUGGAGGUGUAUAAGGAGAUGGUCCUGCUGUACCUGGAGGAGGGCCGGCGGCAGGUCAACUCCCGCUGCGGGGACCUGGAGCCGUGGCAGAUCAUCGGAGCGACGGUCAUCACCACGCUGGGAGCGGUCUGGAUCAAAGGCUUCCUCUUCCAGCAAGAAAGUCUCCUAUCCCGAAUCAAGAAGCUGUCCUUUCGACUCAUCAGAAAAAUACCCUUUGUUGGCGCAACAAUCCAGAGCCAGCUCAACAAAGCUUUGAAUGACAUGUCUGCUAGUCUUUGUACUCUGAAGGAGGGGAUGAGCUACACUAAACAGCUGCCCUCUAAAGGCCUCUCUCAGAACCAAGUGCUGGACAAAAUCAGAGAGUACGAGACUCUGAAUGAGGUGAAGUGGGAGAAAGGAUGUGUUUCGGGUGCAGUGUACUGGGGGGAUGAAUCACUGACCAAUCUCCUGGUGAAGGUAUAUGGAGAUUUUGCAUGGAGCAACCCACUCCACCCAGACAUCUUUCCUGGCGUAAGAAAGAUGGAGGCAGAGGUUGUCAGAAUGGCUUGCACACUUUUCCACGGUGGACCAAACUCCUGUGGCGUAGUUACUUCAGGGGGAACUGAGAGCAUCCUGAUGGCCUGCAAGGCGUACAGAGACAUGGCGUAUGAACGUGGUGUCAAAUACCCUGAAAUUCUUGCCCCUGUGAGCGUCCACGCAGCCUUCGACAAAGCAGCGCAUUACUUUGGGAUGAAGCUCGUUCACAUUCCGCUUGACAAGAAAACCAUGAAAGUAGACGUGAAGGCUAUGAAGAGAGCCAUCAACAAGAACACCGCCAUGCUCGUGUGCUCUGCGCCUCAGUUUCCUCAUGGAAUCAUAGAUCCCAUUGAGGAAGUAGCCAAGCUGGCCGUACGCUACAACCUCCCGCUGCAUGUGGACGCCUGUCUGGGAGGUUUUCUCAUUGUCUUCAUGGCCAAGGCCGGUUACCCACUCGCCCCGUUCGACUUCAGGAUAAAAGGUGUUACCAGCAUCUCUGCUGACACCCACAAGUACGGUUACGCCCCCAAAGGUUCCUCGGUGAUCCUCUACAGUGAUAAAGAGUACCGUCACUACCAGUACUUUGUAGCUCCAGACUGGCAGGGGGGAAUCUACGCCUCGCCCUCCAUUGCCGGCUCCAGGCCCGGAGGAAUCAUCGCCGCCUGCUGGGCGACCAUGAUGCACAUGGGAGAGAACGGAUACAUAGACGCCACCAAGAAGAUCGUCAGCACGGCACGCAAAAUCAAAACUGAAAUCCGCAAGAUAAAAGGUGUGUUUGUGUUCGGAGACCCAGAGGUGUCCGUGGUGGCAAUAGGCUCAGAUGUUUUCGAUAUUUUCCGUCUGUCUAAUGCACUGACGACAAAGGGCUGGAAUCUGAACACACUGCAGUACCCAUCCAGCAUCCACAUUUGUUGCACAGUCCUGCACACAAAGUCGGGUGUCGCUGAUCAGUUUGUCCGUGACGUCAAAGAGCAGGUCGCCAUCAUCAUGAAGAACCCCAAAGAGAAAACCACAGGAAUGGGAGCGAUCUACGGCAUGGCCCAGUCUAUCCCAGACAGAUCCAUGGUGACGGAGAUCUCCCAAGGCUUCCUGGACUGUCUCUACAGCACUGAGGUGCCCAAGUCAAACACCAGCCACAUGAACGGCAACGGCAAAGCGCACUGAAGCAGGACUGGGCCCUCGUGGUCCGACCCCACCGCACGCAGGGAAACCCGCUCGCCUCCUCCCAGAGCUGCUCUGAGCUCAUCACUCAACGGUUGCCUUAUCUUGCAUACCUACACCGUACGGGAAAACAUCUGCAAAGAUCUUUUGAAGCACAAGCCAUCGUCAUUUUAAUCAGCCCAGAGGGAAGUGGCUCACAGAAGAAAUGACUGUUUCUAAACGAGUUAGUCUUUUUAUUUGAUUUUAAUAAUGUAGUGGAAGUGUGUGUUAUUUUAUUCGUUUUAAAAGUUCAUUUCAAUUUUAGCUUUUGUUACAUGCAAAUGUCUGUCAUAAUCUCUACUGAUUUACAUAACAAAACCAUUCCUUUUUUUCCCUUUUUUUUUUUUAUUACUGCCGGAACAUUUCAGCUUGUCGCCAUCACCCUUCACUAUCUGUGAUGA